AUGCCCCCCGGGGUUGGUCGAGGGAAGCCUGAGGUGGUGUCAGUGGUGGGCCGGGCUGGGGAGAGCACCGUGCUGGGCUGUGACCUCCUGCCCCCAGCCGGCCGGCCCCCGCUGCACGUCAUUGAGUGGCUCCGCUUCGGAUUCCUGCUUCCCAUCUUCAUCCAGUUCGGCCUCUACUCUCCCCGCGUUGACCCUGAAUACAUUGGGCGGGUCCGGCUGCAGAAAGGGGCGUCACUCCAGAUUGAGGGGCUCCGGGCAGAAGACCAGGGCUGGUACCAGUGCCGCGUGCUCUUCCUGGACCAGCACCGCCCCGAAGACGACUUUGCUAACGGCUCCUGGGUGCACCUCACAGUCAAUUCACCCCCUCAAUUCCAGGAGACUCCUCCCCCAGUCCUGGAAGUGCGGGAACUGGAACCUGUGACCCUGCGUUGUGUGGCCCGCGGGAGCCCCCAGCCUCGAGUGACUUGGAAGCUCCGCGGACAGGACCUUGGCCAGGGCCAGGUGCACUUGGGCCAGACAGAGGUGCGGAAUGGGACGCUGUGGAUCCGGCGGGCAGAGCGGGGCAGCUCUGGGGUCUACACCUGCCAAGCCUCCAGCACCGAGGGCAGUGCUACCCACGCCACCCAGCUGCUGGUGCAAGGGCCGCCGGUUAUUGUGGUGCCCCCCAAGAACAGAACCGUCAACGCCUCCCAGGAUGUUUCUUUGGCCUGCCAGGCUGAGGCCUACCCAGCAAACCUCACCUAUACCUGGUUCCAGGACAGCAUCAAUGUCUUCCACAUCAGCCGCCUGCAGGACCGGGUGCGGAUUCUGGUGGAUGGGAGCCUGUGGCUGCAAGCAGCCCAGCCUGAUGAUGCUGGCCGCUACACCUGUGUGCCCAGCAAUGGCCUCCUGCACCCGCCCUCAGCCUCUGCCUACCUCACCGUGCUCUACCCAGCCCAGGUGACGUCGAUGCCGCCUGAGACACCCCUGCCUGUAGGCAUGCGGGGGGUGAUCCGGUGUCCUGUUCGUGCCAGUCCCCCACUGCUCUUUGUCAGCUGGACCAAGGAUGGCCAGGCCCUGCAGCUGGACAAGUUUCCCGGCUGGUCCCAGGGCACGGAAGGCUCAUUGAUCAUUGCCCUGGGGAAUGAGGAUGCCCUGGGAGAAUACUCCUGCACCCCUUACAACAGUCUCGGUACUGCAGGGCCCUCCCCAGUGACCCGCGUGCUGCUCAAGGCUCCGCCAGCUUUUAUAGAACGGCCCAAGGAAGAAUAUUUCCAGGAAGUAGGGCGGGAGCUACUCAUCCCCUGCUCUGCCCAAGGAGACCCUCCUCCAUCUAUCUCUUGGGCCAAGGUGGGCCGGGGGCUGCGGGGCCAGGGCCAGGUGAACAGCAACAGCAGCCUGAUCCUGCGGCCACUGACCAAGGAGGCCCAUGGGCGCUGGGAGUGCAGUGCCAAUAAUGCUGUCGCCCGAGUGGCCACCUACACGAAUGUCUACGUGCUGGGCACCAGCCCCCACGUCGUCACCAAUGUGUCGGUGGUGCCUUUGUCCAAGGGUGUCAAUAUCUCCUGGGAGCCUGGCUUUGAUGGUGGCUAUCUGCAGAGAUUCAGUGUCUGGUACACCCCACUGUCCAAGCGUCCUGACCGAGUCCACCAUGACUGGGUGUCCCUGGCAGUGCCUGUGGGGGCUGCUCACCUCCUAGUACCAGGGCUGCAGCCCCACACCCAAUACCAGUUCAGCAUCCUAGCUCAGAACAAGCUGGGGAGUGGGCCCUUCAGCGAGAUCGUCUUAUCUGCCCCAGAAGGGCUUCCCACCACACCAGCUACCCCCAGUCUUCCCCCGACAGAGAUGCUUCCUCCCCUGUCCCCUCCCCGAGGUCUGGUGGCAGUGAGGACACCCCGGGGAGUACUCCUGCAUUGGGACCCCCCAGAACUGGUCCCCAAGAGGCUGGAUGGCUAUGUACUGGAGGGCCGGCAAGGCACCCAGGGCUGGGAGGUGCUGGACGGGGCCGUGGGAGGCACAGAUAUGCAGCUGCUGGUGCCAGGGCUCAUCAAGGAUGUCCUCUAUGAGUUCCGCCUGGUGGCCUUUGCCGGUAGCUAUGUCAGUGAUCCCAGCAACACGGCCAAUGUCUCCACUUCCGGCCUGGAGGUCUACCCCUCGCGCACACAACUGCCCGGCCUCCUGCCCCAGCCGGUGCUGGCCGGCGUGGUGGGCGGCUUCUGCUUCCUGGGCGUGGCUGUCCUCGUGAGCAUCCUGGCCGCCUGCUUCAUGAACCGGCGCAGGGCUGCUCGCCGCCGCCGCAAGCGCCUCCGCCAAGAUCCACCUCUUAUCUUCUCUCCGCCUAGGAAGUCAGCUCCACACUCUGCUCCGGGCUCGGGCAGUCCUGACAGCGUGGCGAAGCUGAAGCUCCAGGGCUCCCCCGCCCCCAGCCUGCACCAGAGUCUGCUGUGGGGAGAACCCACUGGACCCCCCAGCCCCCCUCCGGAUCCUCCACCUAGCCGGGGGCCCUUACCCCUGGAGCCCAUUAGCCGGGGCCCAGAUGGGCGCUUCGUGAUGGGACCCAACGUGGGGGGCCCCCAAGAAAAGUCAGGCCCAGAGCGGCCGGAACCUCGGACCUCAGCCUGGCAUCAGGCCCGGUCCUUUGACUGCAGCAGCAGCAGCCCCAGUGGGGCCCCCCAGCCCCUCUGCAUUGCAGACAUCAGCCCUGUGGGGUCCCCUCUGGCAGCCCCACCCAGCCCCCUGCCAGGUCCGGGACCCCUGCUGCAGUACCUGAGCUUGCCCUUCUUCCGGGAGAUGAAUGUGGAUGGGGACUGGCCUCCCCUUGAGGAGCCCAGGCCUGCCCCACCCCCAGACUACAUGGAUACCCAGCCCUGCCCCACCUCAUCUCUCCUUCACCCCCUGGACUCUCCACUUGUUACCCCCAGGGCAGCGCUCCCUGGGGCCCUGCUGGGGGCUGGGGCCACCACAGAGCCCCCUUACACAGCACUGACCGACUGGACACUGAGGGAGAGGAUGCUGCCAGGCGUCCUCCCCACGGCCCCUCGGGGCAGUCUCACGAGCCAGAGCAGCGGGAGGGGCAGUGCUUCUUUCCUGCGGCCCCCCUCCACAGCCCCCUCUGCAGGAGGCAGCUACCUCAGCCCCGCUCCAGGGGACACCAGCAGCUGGGCCAGUGGCCCUGAGAGGUGGCCCCGAAGGGAGCACGUAGUGACAGUCAGCAAGAGGAGGAACACAUCUGUGGACGAGAACUAUGAAUGGGACUCAGAAUUUCCUGGGGAUAUGGAGCUGCUGGAGACUCUGCACCUGGGCUUAGCAGGCCCCCAGCCCCGACCUGAAGCUGAGCCAGAGCUAGGUGCUAAGACCCCAGAGGAGGGCUGCCCCCUGAACACUGCUCAUGCUCCUGGCCCCGAGGCCCGCUGUGCUGCCCUUCGAGAGGAAUUCCUGGCCUUCCGCCGCCGCCGAGAUGCCACUCGGGCCCGGUUCCCAGUCUAUCGACAGCCAGUCCCCCACCCUGAACAGGCCACUCUGCUGUGA